GUCCAUGGUGCCAUCUUAGAUCCCUGGCCCGGAAUACAAGCUCAAGCAACAAGAAAUGCCACAUGCCUCAAUACUGGGCAUCUAUCUGGCCGCAAUCAAGCUCCCUCCCUAGCCUGGUCAGCAUAUGCGGUCGUCUUCCAUCCCGCUUUGACCACGCCCCACAUGGUUCAGGUACGUACUCUUCAGUGAGAAUCUACUUAUAAUCGCCUCAGCACCCAGAAUACGAUACAACCGGCAAGGGGAGGGCGAACUCCGCUCGGCUGAAAAUUGGGACUCAAACCGUCCAAAUCACGAACCACAACGUCGAAUUCAUGGUCGUGCCGCGACUGCCAAUGCCGUCCGGAAAAGGUCACUGCAUGUACAUUAAAGAGUGUCGUGAGAUGUUUUCAUUCGAUACCGAGCGAUUCGUGCACGGUGUUUGGAAGGUCGGCGUACAGUUUAUGACCCACCAGGAUCCGCAGGGGAUUUCCGGGCUACAGCCAAGCAGCAACAGCUAGGGAAGACUUUGACAGACUGGGAGACAAAGCAUCCACCGGCUACAACCAAACCUCCUCCAAAACUACGCUCGCCAUUCAAAUAUCAAGACCCAGAUGAACAAGAUCCUCAUGGAUAAGAAGGGUGCGGUAUCGUGAGCGUUAUGGGGGUGUGUUAAGCGUCCAACCAAAGCUUUUCAGCAAUAUCAAAGGCAAGCAGGUCGCCCCGAAGAUGCAACAGUGGGGGGCAUCGUUGGGAAGAACAUAACCUCUCCUCCUCCACGGCCAGGUGGUCUGUAUGGCGUGCCGGGUCAGCAGAACAUACCUUCUCCUCCAUGGCCUCUUCGGCUGGUCUCCCUGGGUUCAAGCUCAACCUGCUCAGGGGUCGGUCCGAUCAACAGUCUCUGUUCCAACCUACUAUUACACACAACCGCAGUCGCCUCGGCCAUCGUCGCCCCGGCCCCCCCCAAUUUCGUCUAGGAUUCCCCUUCGACUCAACUACGAGGGCAGUACAUUAUGCUGUCUCUACCUCCCUCUCGGCCUUCUCCUGGUUACUACGGUAUGCCAGACAACGAAAGGUGCCGCACAUAUUCGAACCAUGAAAGAAUAAAGCUCGCCUGUCGCGUCAGCAGAUGGAACGCAUGCCUCUGGAGGGAAUUCGUAUAAAGCGGGUGGCUCGAAGGCCGAUGGCAAAACGCAUGAUGUUAGCAUCACGACCGAUGGCGUUGCUGCUUGGUGCUUGAGAUUGCACGCGGAGGUGUUCAAUGAGGAGCUCAAGAGACCAGCUCUUGAACGAUCUCAUUCACCGUGCAGACCUUGCGCUAGCUGGCGGAUUCUCAGGAGGAAGAGCAGUUUUGGAAGAUGUCAGCAGCUAAAAGCACCUUCGACUACAAAGGAGGACCUUAAGCAUGCCAGACCUGCAUCGAGCGAUCCGCCCUUCAAGCCACCUACUUUUAAAACUUCCGGCGGGGUCCAGAAGCCAGGCCCCUACCAGACAUUUGGUUUCAGGAGGAGGCCGGCUGGUGAUCUAGACCUACAAAAGUUGUGUGAGCGCCAUGGUAUUGCCGUGCCUCCGGAUGCAAGGACUAUCGAGGAUAUCUGCGACAUCCUCAGUCAGCAAUCGCCAUUCCUACGCCGUUUGCGGCGAGGAACUUACGGAAGUUGAGCUGGUCACCUUCAAUUCCUGCGUAGGUGCAGCGAUGUGCGCCGAUUGCUGGAGUGGGUGGAUGACGGCGCGGCAGCAAAGUGAUCGGGCCAACAACUUCGCGUGCCCCAGCUGUGGAAAAGACACCUUGACUUUGGGCAGACAUGGGAGAGAUACAUCCGCGGAGACUAGCGUCGCCACCAGCAUGGUUUGUACUUGUGCGGGCUGUGGACGAGGACCCUUUUGGCCGACGUUAUAUGCGAAGCGGUACUCGAUAACCGCCCAGUAUAUCAUCGCAGACCCCGAGGGCUUCCAUCCUCAGUCCUUCCGCUAACCCCCUGCCUCCUAUCACAGAGUACAAUGAAACAGUGCGCUUCUUUGAUUGGGGUUGCUAUGUCGACACCGUGAGGUCAAUUUGCAGGCUCAUGAGCUUCUGGAAGACUUACAUUGGUCCCGCAACGGCGCCGGGUAAGCAGUUACUCGGAUCAUCGCAGAGCCUAUACUUUAUUCACAAUACAUCGGUGGGUCUGUGUGAACUAUGAGCCCGCGAAAACUCUUGUGAAACAAAUGGGAAGCCACGAAAAAGAAGGCAACAAACCGGGGGCCUUUGUGAGUAUGAACAGCAACAACACCAACACCAACACCAACACCCAACCAAUAUCCGGCCGAGGCCCUUCCAUCCGCCUCGCUAUCCCCCUAAGCCCUCGACAGAGUUUUUGCCGCCGGCGACGCUGUCGCAGAAGCGAAGUUGGCCCGUGACCGUGCCCGCGAGGCUCUUGACUCGCCGAGGAGGCCGUUUGGCAGGCGAUAUAUCGCCAAAACGCGGAGAGGGCGGCCCUCGAGGCGGUUAGCGCGGGGGGAACUAAUGAUGUGAUUCAAAUUUCUGCCUCAAAUCCCAUCUGAAGACAGAGAAUGGAUCAUGAUGAUGAUGAUGACUUCAUCCCGGAGGCUGGCAAUGGCAAUGGCAAUGGCGAGCAGCGAACACUGAGCAGUAUUGCCAACUGAAAAGACUCAAGUCGAUGGGUGCGUGCGUUGGAUUCCUUUGAAAUCUGGAGAUGCUCUCGGUUGUCAGUUUUAGAUUACAGUGGAUGGUAAUGAUGGUAGCCCACGAGGUAAUCGUUCCUGUUGAUAUCUCAUCUACUUUGAGAGCAUGCAUGUCGCCAUGGGACGUGUGGGUAAUGCGCUACACUUUGUCAAGAAUCAGCCAUCGCAUCACGUCACCUAGCCUUUCGCAGUA